AAUCUUAAUUAAAAAAAUUUCAAGUAAAAUUUUAUAUUGAAACUAAUUAUUCACAACGGAAGAUGAUGCAAGAUGAAUAAUCACCUAACAAUCAACCGAAAAGAAAAAUAAAAUCUUUUAAGAGAAUCGGAAGGGCUCAGAGAGUUGCUAUCUCUGCUCAAAGAAAAGCUUUUACAAGCUUUUCUCAUACAAGAGGUGUCAGAACUUAUAAAGCACUCUUCAUCUUGGCCCUCUUAUCGUAAAACAAAACAUAAAUUACAAACAAAAAAAAAAACCCAGAAAGCAGAACAACCCAAUAGAAGAAGAAAUUGCAGGAAUGGAAUUGAUGGCGGCUGCUGCGAUUAGGGUUUUAGUGUUUCGAUUGUGAUUGGAAGAACAAUGGUGGGACUAUUUAUAGAUUCUUUUAUGGGCCUUUUGGGUCAUGAGCUUUCCAUCAGCACUUUGAAGACAAACUAAAUAGGCCCAACUGUUCAAAUUUCAUAAUGAGCUUGUUCAUAAUAAAGAACAUGGUUUUGAUUAAUCUAAUGAGCUUGCUCUUGGUGCUUUUUGUAGCACAAAAUAUCAUAACGGGCUUAAGAAAUUGAAUAUUCAAAGGUUGAUAGAUUAAGGAAAGGAAGAGAGAAGCUUUUGCUAGAAAAUUGGAUGAUAUAUAAAGGUCGGAAAGUGGAAUCUAAGGACUUAACAAAACAUUAGUGCAAGUGCGAAGCUUGAUUACCUUCUUGAUUUUGCUAGAAAAUUUCUUGGGUUUGGGGUCCAAAUCAGGUAUGAGAUUCACCUGACAAAGGGCGGUGGAGGAGGAGGAAAGUACCCCCAUGGUCAUGGAGUGAUGACCAGAAGCCAAAAGUCCCCCUCCCCGACUUUCUUUAAUCAAGGUCUGAAUGUGGAUGCACGUGUGUUCCCCCCUUCUCUCACGUGCAUGAGUCAUGCAAAAAAGUUAGAAGAGAAACAACCAACUGUGAGAAGCUGAUGAUAAAGAGUAAAAAGAGAGAGACAAUUUCCUAUAUUCGCUGUCAUCGGGACUCAUCAAAAAGAAAUAUAGCAUACUCCCUCAUCUGAUCUCUCUCUCUUUUCAACAAACUUUUUUAAUGCUUCUCUCUUCAUUGUUUUCUGCAUUACCAAAUUGUUUUACUAUUUUUAAGAAAGGGUUUCUAGUCAUUUAAAAUAGAUUAAAAAAAAAACUAGGAGUCCAGAAGAGAGAGAGAGAGAGAGCUGUGCUCUGAUUCCCUUCUUGUGGAAAUGCUACAUAACCCAGAGCUUGAAUCUCAUUGUCAUUUUGAGCUCAGAUCAAAGCUUGCAGACAAGUUCAACAAACAGUCCCCUGAAUUUUACUCAUCAGAGAGAUAUAUCUUCAAGUUUCAGGUGGAAAAAACACAAACUAGCCAGCUAGCUAACAACAAAGGUAAGAUUUAUUUCAUGACAUCAAUUAUGAAUUCAAUGUUUUCAUUUACUAUAUGUUUAUACUGAAAGUGAUAGCAUAAUGGAAAGUUCAUAUGAACCUCUUUUUGCCUUUACAAAUGACUCUACUUUUUUGAAUAGUACAUUAGGGUUUCAUGAUCAAAACAUAGAAAGAAUCUGUUUUUCUGUGUACAUUACAAUACAUUAUAUCUAGUAUUGUUGCCAUGGGCUGGAUCCCACCACAACUAUUAGUGCAUUGCCUGUGGAUCCCACCACAAAAAUUUUCCUGUUCUGGGGUUCCUUGUUAGGUUAAUGUUUUCUUUCAUUAACAACAUAGUUUAUUGCCUUGAUGAUUAAUCCAAUUUUCCUUCCUUCAUUCUUUUGCAUGGUUGAAUUAUGAGUCAUCCUUUUGCCAUUUUCUCGGGUUAAGUUAGAAUAGUUUUCUGGCUGGUGUAGGAUUGUUGUUUUAACUGCAAGCAUUGUUCUGUCUCCUCCUCUUUUCCAUAGAUAAAACAUGAAAGCAAAAAUGUUCUCCAAACGACAUUUCAACCCAUUAAUUCCAGAGAAAGUCGAGUCCUUAUUGAACUUAAACUCUGAGAUUUGACAUCUACCUGCUUUGAAGCAAGCAUGCAUGGUACUUUGCCAUUGACUCUAAUAAAAACAUUGUUGUUGUCUCCAUUUCUUGGUUGUAAUAUCACUAAUCUGUUCAUUAUUACUAUAAAGUACUUUCAAAUCUGUUAUAGAAUAUGUGGCUACCUUCUUGCCGUAAGCAAUGAAUGACAUACAUAGGACAGCCUAGUUAGCUUAACGAAAAUCCUAGUCAAAACUAGCUUCAAAUAGGGGCAGAAAAACAAAUGAAAAAGCAGAUUCCAAUGCAGAUUUGUGCGACUAUUUUAUUGCAUUAAUUUACAGUUUCUCCAUUUCAUCUACUGCCUUUUCAACAUGGGCCACGUAGUUGGCCCAUUUUUCGACUCUUGAACCCCCACGUGAACCCAGAAUCCUUCCAACUUGUCUGUAAACCUAUAUAUAUAUAUAUUUCAGUACAACUUAAAUUUCACUCUCGACCCAUAUCCCAUAUUCUUAGAUGGAUCCUGUUCUGGAUUAUGAAAGAAAAACCAGUAAUUACCAUGCAAUCUGACAAGAUAAAUCUCCAUGUAAAUUAGGGUAUUUGGUCUGAAUCUAGACAUCUAAGUUGUAACCAAGAACAAAAAACAAAAAAUUAAGGGAAGAAAAUGACCCUAGUAGUAGUUGCACAUGGAAAGGAAAAGCUGAAGAUAUUCCCUUAAGGCACUUGAAUGUGGAGGAUGAAGAGUCCCUGUUCAUGGGGACAGAGCAAGAGUUGUUGGAAAGCUCAAAUAGGCAUGGGGGACAUGAAGCAUUGGAUUUUUUUAUCUAAAGGUAAAAACAAAAUUUUCAUCAACGGGGUUUCUGUCUCUGCUGUCUCGUCUUAGUCACAAUCCCAUUUUCAUUCUCUCCCCCACCUUCUCUUCCCUCCCCUUUUGUGUUACAUUUCCUUUCUCUCUUUUCUUUUCCCAAGUUACUAACUUACCCCUCUUCACAACCACCAACUCUCACCUUUGCAGAUGGGUUCUUUUGUCAUUUUCGAAUCUUCCCAUUCUUGUCAACCUGCUAAAUUAGGGAGGUUUAGGUAAUGUCACGAAUUGAACCAUAUAUGUACACCUAAACCCCCACGCGGCCCAAGCUCGAAAUCUCUCCCAGUCUCCUUUCAUGUCAAACUCCCAUUGGCGUUCACCAUCCACAACCCACUUCAGCGCGUGAGGGUUUUGUUGUUUGUGAUUACUAAAUAUAUAUUUAUAAGGUGAGAAUUAUCCAAGAAGAAAAAUCAAAUGGAGGAGAAUUCACCUCGAGUUUCACGUAACGGAGGAGGAGGACCCACAUGGAAGAGCAGGUACGCCGUCGACGAAGGUGGGGAUUUCAUAGAGUGUUCUGGCAAGUAUUGUCGAUCAUGCACCGCUGGAGUGAUUGCUGACUGUGUGGCACUCUGUUGUUGCCCUUGUGCCGUGCUCAAUCUCUUGACGCUCGCAUUGGUUAAAGUCCCAUGGAAAAUGGGGAGGAGGUGUUUGGGUCUGGGGAAAAAGAAGGUGGAAAUGAAGAGAAAAUGUAAGACAAGCUGUUCUUCUUGUAGUAGUAGUGGUGGUGGUGGUGAUCAUCAGUUUGGGGAUGGGAAUUUGAGAGAAAGGGUGAGGGUAGAAGAGGGAAUGUGGGAAUUUCCAACAGCAUUUGGAGAAGAGAAAGAAGAAGAAAUGGGGAAUUUGAGUGCAAGGUUUGAAGCUGAGAGAGUUUGGUUAGAGCUGUACCAGCUUGGUCAUUUGGGUUUUGGGAGGGUUUCUUUCAUUGGUACUUAAAUCUAUUUAGGCUUUCUUCAAUACAAAAAUUGUGCAAGUACAUUCUUGUUUUUGGAUUGUAAAGUUUCAUAACAUUUUUUUAGGAGUUGUUUUGGGGUUAGGAAUUAACAUAAAAAAAUAUUUAAUUAAGCUGGUAAUUUAUAAGAAAAAUGUA